AUGUCAAACGAUCAUUUCGAUGAUGUAUUCAGGAUUUUCAUAGAUAUUUUAGAUCAAAACGAUAAGUUCCGUAUAUUUCAUUGCGAUAUACUUGUAUGUAUUGCGCUAACAUUAGAAGUUAAGGAAGUUUCUGAACUGAAAGCAUUGGAAAUCAAUAUUUUCAAUGAUGAUGAAAUCAUUCGUUAUUGGUCGUUUCGAGGUUUAAGAGCAGCUUAUGAUAGAGGUUUUAGAUCUUCAGCAUUUCUACAGUGGUGCGAUCAUAUUAUUGAUAAACUUGAAGACAAUACGGAUGUUGAAGUUGACUUUGAUUUAGAUUUAUUCGAGACCGUUGCGGCGUUAAAAUACAUUGAUUUUGAUAAAAUUUAUGGUAAACCACAAAAUCUAUGGAAUAGAGAGCUUUUAAUCUGUGAUUUAAUUGAACGAUUUCACAUAAGUGAAGCAGAACGUUUUCAAUUCUAUGAAGUUUGGCUUGAUAUCGAAGAACAUAGCAAAGGUCAAAGUGAUAUAUUAUUAAAACUUUUACAUCGUUUUCUAGUAAAUAAUAAUAAUGUGCUCUUUACGGAAUGUUAUGAAACAGCAUACCUGACAGUUAUUAUUCAUCAAUGUUUAUUAAAUAGAGCUGGAGUCAGUGGUGAGUAUACUGAAACUCUAGCAUCGAAUAUGAUGUCAAACUUUGGCUUUGAUCUAAGUCAAAAAUUUCUGAGUGGUUUACAAAGUAUCAGUAAUUUAUCAGAAUUCGAAAAUAUUUUGAAUUUUUCUAAAACAUAUCAUAUAAAAUCAUCGGAUAUUUAUGUGAAGAAUGCGACUGUUCCUAUACUAAAACGAUCAUUAGAAAUCAAAUUGUUGGGUAAUCAAAUAGAAAAAGCUGAUCGACUGAAAUUAGGUGUUUGUCUGGAUGAUUUGUUAGAUAAGAAUUGGGCUUUCGAACAAUUAAAUCAUUUUUUCAGUAUUGUGAAAGAAUCAAAUAGUCGAGAAAAAGCACAAUAUUUUUUAUCUGUUCUCGAGAUUAUUUCACAUUAUAAAAUUCCUCCGAAAGAAGAAAACUAUGAAAAAAUAUCAAUAAUUCUAAAGAAUUCAUCUGAAGAUUGGCAAAAAGAGAUCAAUAAAAUUGCAAUUGAAACAAACUUCUCUGAUAAAGGUCAAGUUAAAAUGUCAAGAGAGUUAGUACAAGAGUUGCAAAGUAAAAAUUCACAAAAUGAAAAUUUGAAAACUUUCGAUGAAGAAAAACUAUUAGAUUUAAUAGAAAAAAUCAAAAGUUCAAACUUAUUAUCGUUAUUAUUCAAGAAUAUUAUAGAAAAAGACUCAAAUCCGAAGCAUCGAAUUCCUUCUAUUUCUAUCUCACAAUGGACAAAAGAUCAUAUUCAUCUAUGGGCAAAUAUAGUCAAAGCUUAUGCUACACUUUGUAUCGAUUCCGAAGAUUUCAUUAUAGAAGCUCUAGCAGUAAUCAAACAAGCAAACUUCAUGGAUACUGGAUUUCAUCUUACGGAUGCACAAAUUCUAAGCUGUUUAAUUGUUUUGAAUGCUAACAAGAACCAAGGUAGAUUACUACAAGUAGGAACUGGCGAAGGUAAAUCAACUAUCAUCAGUGUUUUAGCAAUAGUUUACGCCUUACUAGGAAGCACCGUGGAUAUCAUAACGAGUUCACCUGUACUAGCAGAAAGAGAUGCAAAAGAAAAAGAAAACUUCUACAAUAUGUUUGGUCUUCAAUGUAGUCAUAAUAAUGAGAAAGCAGUGUAUCUAUCGGGUCCUAAGGUGUGUUACAGAAAACAGAUUGUUUAUGGUGAAGCAGCACAACUUCAAUUCGAUACACUGAGAACAGAAUAUGCUGAAUUGAAUACAUUAGCCGAUAGAAAAUGUGAUGUUGCUAUCGUCGAUGAAGUCGAUAGUAUGCUUAUUGAUGAUAGUUCGAAAAUAGCACGAUUAGCAUCGUCUAUGUCAGGUAUGGAUCAAUUACAGAUAAUCUAUUAUCUAUUAUGGCAUCAACUUGUUUCUUUGCAAGAGAAAAUAAUUCGUUUAGAUAAUAAAAUGUAUUUAUUUUAUGGAAAAAUUAAGUUCGAAGAAAAAGCUUGUUAG